CACGAGUUCAAAAUGAAGUCGGUCCUUACCAACCCGCCAAUCGCCAUGGAACUAUAACGCAGUAACACAGGCGUUUGGGAAUUCGGUAAUCAUCCUCUAAUUCGUUCUAUCCAGUAUCCACAUUGUUUGAAUCACGUUUCCUUCAGGAAAGGGAUUUUGAUACAUCUAUCUUAUUCUGUUUGAAUUUUCGAUGGGAAGAUGAACACGGAGCUGUUGGAGAUUCAACCUGAAGAAGUUAAGUUCAUAUUUGAAUUCCAGAAACAAAGCUCAUGUUGUAUUCGACUGACAAAUAGAUCCGAUCACCAUGUUGCUUUUAAGGUUAAAACCACAUGUGCAAAGAAAUACUGUGUCAGACCACAUACCGGAAUCAUCAAGCCAAAUUUAACAUGCUCUUUCACAGUUACUAUGCAAGCACAAAAUGCAGUGCCUUCUGAUUUUGUAUGCAAGGACAAGUUCUUGAUUCAAAGUACAAUUGUUCCCAAGGGUACAAAAGAGGAGCAUAUCACAUCUACAACGUUUUCUAAAGAGGAAGGAAAGCAUAUUGAGGAAAAGAGGCUUCAAGUGAUCCUUGUUAGUCCACCCUCCUCACCUGUGUUAUCUCCAAUGAAUGAGAUAUCAAGGAUAAGGCCAUAUAAUGCAUCCCCAGAAUCAAAUGAUGAUUUUGCUCAAAGAUAUAGCUGUUAUGCACCUGUUGAGGAGGGAAUAGAGGUGUCAAAAACUAGAAAGAGUGUUUGUGUAGUGGCAAUGAAGAAGGAGCAAUCUUUAGCAAGGAAGCAUACAGAAGAGCUGAGAUUAUCAAAUGAUGUGGAAGAGAUGAAGUCAAAACUCAGAGAACUUGAAUCACUGCUUCGACAGGAAAAGCUUAGAAAUAAUGAAAACACAAGAACAAAAGGGCAGAUUGGAUUCCAAUUCCUGUUUGUUGUUGUGGUGGGACUUUCUGGGCUUUACCUUGGAUACAUGUUGAAGUCUUAACCGAUUAAGACUCAAGGCUUAAGGCUGCAUGCUUAUUACCAGG